AUGCCGAGGGGGAGAAGGAGGACGAUACAUUUUAGUAAAUUGUACUCGUUUUCGUGUUUUAAGCCGACUUACGAAGAUGAUCAUGCCAGGAUUGGGGAUAGGGGCUACUCCAGGGUUGUGCAGUGUAAUGAACCGGAGAAUGCGGAGGCGCUGCAGUUGAAGUAUAGGGGGAAUUAUGUCUCGACUACUAAGUAUUCGGCAGCAAAUUUCAUUCCGAAGUCUUUGUUUGAGCAGUUUAGGAGGGUGGCGAAUAUAUACUUUCUUGUUGUGGCUUGUGUUUCGUUCAGUCCGUUGGCGCCUUUUAAGGCUGUUAGUGUUCUUGUACCGUUGUUGGUGGUGAUUGGAGCUACUAUGGUCAAGGAAGCUAUAGAAGAUUGGAGGCGAAGGAGACAGGAUGUGGAGGCAAACAAUCGAAAGGUGGAAGUGUACAGUAGGAAUUAUUCAUUCAUAGAGACCAGAUGGAAGAAACUUAGAGUUGGUGAUCUUGUGAAGGUGCGCAAGGAUGAGUACUUUCCUGCUGAUCUGCUUUUGCUUUCAUCAAGCUAUGAGGAUGGCAUAUGCUAUGUGGAAACUAUGAAUCUUGAUGGAGAAACAAAUUUAAAAUUGAAGCGAGCACUGGAGGUGACUUCCCAUCUUAAUGAUGAAAAUUCCUUACAAAAAUUUAGGGCAAAGAUCAUGUGUGAGGAUCCAAAUGAAAAUCUAUAUUCAUUUGUUGGGACUUUGUUCCAUAACGGGGAAGAAUACCCACUAUCGUUGCAACAGAUGCUCCUGAGAGACUCUAAGCUGAAAAAUACAGAAUUUGUGUAUGGUGUUGUUGUUUUCACUGGGCAUGACACAAAAGUUAUGCAAAAUGCCACAGAUCCUCCUUCAAAGAGAAGUAAAAUCGAGAGGAAAAUGGAUAAGAUUAUCUACAUCCUUUUCAGUACUCUGUUUGUGAUAGCUUUUGUUGGAUCUGUCUUUUUUGGUAUUUAUACCAAAAAUGAUUAUAGUGGUGGAAAGAUCACAAGGUGGUAUCUUCGUCCAAGCCCAGAUGUAGCCGUUGUGUAUUAUGAUCCCCAAAGGCCAGCACUUGCAGCUCUCCUCCAUUUUCUGACAGCUCUUAUGUUGUAUGGAUAUCUGAUACCAAUAUCUUUAUAUGUUUCAAUUGAAAUGGUGAAGGUAUUACAGAGCAUAUUCAUUAACAGGGAUCAGGAUAUGUACUAUGAGGAAACAGAUAGGCCAGCUCAUGCACGCACCUCUAAUCUGAAUGAGGAACUUGGUCAGAUUGAUAUGAUACUUUCUGAUAAAACUGGUACACUGACAUGCAACUCCAUGGAGUUUAUUAAAUGUUCAAUAGCAGGCACCGCUUAUGGCCAUGGUAUGACAGAAGUGGAAAUGGCACUGGCAAGUAGAAGGGAUGGAGUGCCUGAAAAUGGUCAUAUAUCAUCUGAUGUGGUAGAGCAUAGUACUGGUGUUGCUGAUAGCUCUCGAAAGUCAAUUAAGGGUUUCAACUUCAGGGAUGAGCGCAUCAUGAAUGGGCACUGGGUUAAUGAACCUCAUUCAGAUACCAUCCAGAAAUUCUUUCGGGUUUUAGCAAUCUGUCAUACAGCCAUACCUGUUGUGGAUAAAGAAUCAGGAGAAAUAUCUUACGAAGCUGAGUCACCAGAUGAAGCAGCUUUUGUCAUAGCUGCCAGGGAGCUCGGCUUUGGGUUUUUUGAAAGGAAACAAACGAGCAUAUCAUUGCAUGAGUUAGAUUACAAGACUGGAGAAAAGGAUGACAGAGAAUAUGAGCUUCUUCAUGUCUUGGAGUUCAAUAGUUCUCGCAAAAGAAUGUCAGUAAUUGUCAGGAGUCCGGAAAACAAACUGUUGCUUCUUUGCAAAGGUGCAGACAGUGCAAUUUUUGAAAGGCUGGCAAAAGAUGGGCGCCAGUUUGAGGAUCAAACUAAGGAGCACAUUCACAAAUAUGCUGAAGCAGGUUUACGAACUUUGGUGGUUGCAUACCGUGAGCUUGGUCUAGAAGAAUAUAAAGAAUGGGAACAGAAGUUUCUAAAGGCCAAAGCUUCUCUCACUGAAGGCCGAGAUGUAUUAAUGGAUGAGCUUGCUGAUAAGAUUGAAAGCGAGUUAGUUCUACUUGGCGUGACAGCUGUUGAGGACAAACUGCAAAAGGGGGUUCCUGAGUGUAUCAACAAACUUGCUCUGGCUGGAAUUAAACUUUGGGUAUUGACUGGUGAUAAAAUGGAAACUGCAGUUAACAUAGGGUAUGCUUGCAGUUUACUUCGACAAGAUAUGAAACGGAUUGUCAUCAGUCUUGAUUCACCAGAUAUAAAUGCAUUGGAAAAACAAGGGAACAAAGACGCUAUUCAGAAGGCCUGUCAUGUGAGCACCAAGAAGCAGAUUGGGGAAGGUUUUUCGCAAAUUAAUGAAGCUAGAAAAGGUUCCAGCUCCGCUAAAGCAUUUGGCUUAAUAAUUGAUGGCAAGUCCUUGGAAUAUUCACUAAAGGAGGAUUUGGAAAAGUCAUUUUUUGAGCUUGCAAUUAAUUGUGCUUCAGUUAUAUGCUGCCGCUCUACGCCCAAACAGAAAGCUCUUGUUACGAGAUUGGUAAAAAAUGAGACAGGUAGAAUAACACUUGCUAUUGGUGAUGGGGCGAAUGAUGUUGGCAUGCUUCAAGAGGCAGACAUUGGCGUUGGCAUUAGUGGUGUUGAAGGGAUGCAGGCAGUGAUGGCAAGUGAUUUUUCAAUCGCUCAAUUUCGUUUUCUGGAGCGUCUCUUGCUUGUACACGGGCAUUGGUGUUACAGGCGUAUAUCAAUGAUGAUAUGCUACUUCUUCUACAAGAACAUAACAUUUGGGUUUACUCUGUUUUGGUUUGAGGCCCAUAAUUCUUUCUCUGGUCUGCCUGCGUAUAAUGAUUGGUACAUGUCAUGCUACAAUGUCUUCUUCACAUCACUUCCUGUCAUUGCUCUAGGUGUAUUCGAUCAGGAUGUUUCUGCACGACUAUGCCUGAAGUACCCAUCCUUAUAUCUAGAGGGGGUGGAGAACAUCCUCUUCAGCUGGACCCGCAUACUCGGCUGGAUGUUUAAUGGAUUGUUGAGCUCCAUAAUAAUCUUCUUCUUCACCACCAAUUCUAUGAUUCCUCAGCCGUUUCGGAAAGAUGGUCAAGUAGCUGACUAUCAAAUCCUAGGUGUCACAAUGUACACUUGCGUAGUGUGGGCUGUAAACUGCCAAAUGGCGAUCUCCAUCAACUACUUCACUUGGAUCCAGCACUUAUUCAUCUGGGGCAGUAUCGCCUUCUGGUACAUCUUUUUAGUCGUAUAUGGUUUUAUCUCGCCUAGUAAAUCCACAACAGCAUACAAAGUGUUUGUGGAAGAGUGUGCUCCCAGUCCUCUCUAUUGGCUAGUCACCCUUCUUGUUGUCAUCUGCACUCUGCUGCCAUAUUUCUCAUACCGCGCUUUCCAGACACGGUUUAAACCAAUGCGUCACGAUGUAAUACAGCAGAAACGAUUACUGAGUUGUGACAAUGAUCAGAUUGACGCUUCUGGUGAAUUGCCCGUAAGAGUCAGAGGCAAGCUACAGCAUCUGAGGCAGAGACUAAAAGAAAGAGAGUCGUGAAACUAGGUGUGUUAGUGUCGGUUGAUUAGGAAUGCUUGGUUUUCUGUACAUGUUUUUACAGUUUGAGAGAGGCAUUUAGUGUGUUGGGCAGUUUCUGUUUUAAGUUGGGCAGUGGCCAAUGAGAGAAUGAACUAUGUAGAGAGGGCAUACAACUCUCACCCUCCUUUGUAGGUUAACCUUGUAAAGCUGAUAUAUAUAUCACAUUAUAGAAACAAAAAGCAGUUCUAUAUGCCCAUGUUUUUAAGCUGUU